AUUACUUACGAUACCCAACCUCAACAACACCAACCGGUUCAAUACUCAUCAGCAGCUGAGGUAUCGAGCUUCAGUUAUUCAAGUCCUGUAGUGGCAUACAGUAACCUCGGAUUACUUCAACAAGUUUCUGGAAAGGCAGCUUCUUCGCAAGACAGACCAAUUCCGUACAACACCGCUAGCUCUCCUAAAGUGCAAUACUCCCCGUCACAGUAUUCUUCAGUACCAAAAACUCAGUACUCUUCAGCACCAAAAACACAGUACGUCUCGUCACCAAAAACCCAAUAUGUGUCAUUACCAAAAACGCAAUAUGUUUCGGCACCGAAUGUCCAGUAUUCUCCAGCCCCAAGAGUACAGUAUUCAUCACCACAAAGAGUUCAGUACACAUCUUCCCCCAAAGAAUAUUCUGGAGCUCCAAAUUAUGAAGAACUGUAUCAGCAAAUCGCUCGGGAUGCUACCAAAUAUGCUCCAGCCAGUUCAGUUGCUGCUGCGGAGCCACAAGAAAUAAACUAUCAGCAGAACGUAGUGGCUCAGAGGGAGGAAUAUGCCAAAGCACCUACCCCCGCGGUUUACCAAUCGAAAGCCGCUAGUCAACAAAUUGCUUUCGCCCCUUCUCCUUCGCAAUACUACUCUUAUCAACCUUCUCAGGCUCAUCAAGCUCAGCAACCUGCACAAGUUCCUGAAGUUACACCAGUGUAUGAGUCUCCCGAACCUGCACAAAAAUUAUACUAUACAAAGUCCGCAGCAGCAGCAGCUUCUGAAUUACCCCAAUACUAUUCACUACCAAGUCAAACUAGGUACUCUAAACCUGGUAUCACUUACGCCUAAUACGUUUCUUAUUUUCUCUCUCUAUCUUUUGUAAAUAUUUUUUCCACACAUCUGUAGGCUCAUGUUUCGAGCAUUUUUAUACAAGUAUUUUUGAAAUACAACUUUUUUAUUUUUUCA